AUGACGAGGCUAGAUAACUCGCAGUUUUUAAAGCAGUUGAAUGAAGCUGUUGUGAAGAACGAUGGCAAAUCCUCCGUUUAUUUAACUCAAAAGAGGCUAUCUUCACAAGAGGGGGCAUCGAGCGUGACAAUUGAUGAUCUUCCAACAAAUGUUAUACCCGAUGAUCGAGUACAAAACGAUACCUCCUACCCGAUUCUUGUCAGAAUCUCAAUGAAUAGCACGAACAAUAAGGACAAAAAGCAAGAAAAGUUGAAAAUAUCAACAGUUGUGGAAACAGACCAAUUGAGUCAAUUUUGGCAACAAUAUAUACGAGUGUUGAAGGGUGGGUUUGUUGGUUUGAAAAAGAAGGAAAAGAAGAAAACAAAGAAGAGUAAAGUAGCAAAAUGA